UUACCGUAUAAAAAAAGAGUAGGCUUGUUACGCUUGUACUAGGGUUGGUCUAGUGAGAAAAUUUAUACUUCUAUCUAAGUAGGAUCAAACUCCACUGAAAGUUAUUUGGGGUGGGGAUAUUCUUACCCUCCCUCCCCCCCCCAAAAAAAUAAUCCACCGAUAAUCUUGGGUGGGUGAACCUGUGAAUAGGUUCUAGCAUAAUAUAUAAAUUAGUAGGACCCUUCUCAUUAGCUAGAAAAAAAUAGAGUAGGCUAGCCUUGGACUUUGACCAACAAAGUGUUAAUUCACCUAAUGAGAGUUAAUUCUAGAGGUCUAAACUUCAAAUUAUACCAAGUGAGGUAUUUGGAGUGGACUAGAUUCAUUAACUAUACCCCCUCCUCUUAAAUUUCUAGCCUUCAAAAACUAGACUAGAAAACCGUGAUAGACAUCACCUGCUUAUUACGUUCGUUUUAUGUCGGCUAACCAACCACUUUUAAAUCAUGACACAACCUAAGCUACCUCUUACUUUGUAGGUUGUUCUAUGUCAGGCGUGCUCAACAAAUAAAAAAAAAAACAUACCAAGUAUUAAAAGAAAGCCAUCUAAAAAAUCAUUUGAGGUCGUGUUUAUCUCAUGUCCGACUGUGCGGUUCACUAGGCUAGCCCGACCCAUUGCCAUCUGCCAAACCUCAACUUAUCGUCCCUUUAAUAUUGUGCUCAAUACGACUACACCAGUAGUCAAUAAGCUUAUUGUUUGGCCCCCAAAAAAAUAAAAAAUAAAAACUCAUUGCUCAAAAAUGGCGUUUUGAGUUUUCGCCAAAAUAGUGCAGAUUAAAAAUGGCGUUUCUAUUCCAGAAAUUUCAAGAGGCUGUGAAAGUUCUUGCUAAAAGUCCUACCUUUGCUAAAGAUCCUAGGAGUCUUCAAUUUGAAGCUGACAUUAAUCGUCUCUUCCUUUAUACCAGCUAUAACCGCAUAGGAAAAGAUGCUGACGAGGCAGAUGUGGAGGAAAUAAUUGAUUUGGCUAACAAAGCUUCCUUGGCUGACCAACAAAAGCAAGUUCAAGAGAAUAUUCAUUCUCAAAUAAAAAAUUUCUGCACGUUCAUGGAUGAAAUUCUUCUUCCUGCCAAGGAAACUGAGGAACAGUUUGAAUCAGCUGCACGAAUAGAUAAGGAUCAGCCACGAAGUGGCCUUAGGUUUGCUCUUGGCCGUACUGGAAGCUCUCCUAGUAACCAACCUGUUGUACCUGAAACGAAGCCAUUAAAGCUGGCUGAUGUAAGUCAGGGUGUUAAGGAACAUUUAGGCUACUCACUUACAGUUCGAUCUUCUGAAAUUCCACACAAGGAUGCUGGCCGAGGUCUAUUUCUGGAGGGUGAAGCUGAUGUUGGUUCCGUGAUAGCAAUUUAUCCUGGAGUAGUCUACUCCCCUGCAUACUACCGUUUUAUUCCUGGAUACCCAAGAGUUGAUGCACACAACUCUUAUUUGAUCACUAGGUAUGAUAGUACUGUGAUAAAUGCCCAGCCUUGGGGUGAAGGAAAUGAUAACCGUGAAUUCUGGGAUGGAAUGAACUCUCCACAAGCUGCAAAAUUUACUGAGCAGAUUGCUCAAACUGGUUCUGAUCGGGUGUGGAAAAUGUUGAGCAAGCCUCUGGAGAGCCCCAGAAGUGGAACCCGUGGUGAGAUUCUGGAGCGGCGGAAUCCACUGGCCUAUGCUCAUUUUGCCAACCAUCCACCGAAGGAUGUGGAUCCAAAUGUCAUGGUUUGCCCAUAUGAUUUCCCGUUGGAUGAGAAGGAUAUGAGAACAUAUAUUCCAAAUAUAUCAUUCGGAAAUGAAGAGGGAGUAAGGAUGAAGAGGUUUGGUAGUUUCUGGUUCAAGUCUGGGAGUUCUGUUCAUGGUGUUUCUGAUAUUCCCAUCCUGAAAUCGCUUGUUCUUGUGUCCACUCGAACAAUUAGCAAUGAAGAGAUACUACUGAAUUAUAGGUUGAGCAACUCAAAGCGCCGGCCAUCAUGGUACACUCCAGUUGAUGAAGAAGAAGACCGUAGGAGAUGGGGCUGAUUGUAAACUAUAACUGCCAUACCUUACAAUAGAAGCAGAGAAGAGCUGUGGUUGUGCUUUCUGAUGACCAUCAAUUCGGUUCUUCAGAAACAAUAAAAUAAUUGUUUUGAAUUGGUAUUUUCAUCUCAAAGUGGUUUUACUUGUAUUACCUAGCGGUAUGUUAGAAUUGAUUUUGUUAGCUUCGUUCUUCCUAUUUAGAUGUGAAACAUUUUUGGUAAAUCCUAUGUCGUUGAACUUUCCUGCAGGACCAUCAAUGCCAAGUGAAGCAAUAUUGAACAAGUUAUGUUCUGAGCAAGUGUUUGUUGAAUCAUUGAAUUCCUCUUGUGAUAAAAAAAUUCG